AUUAUUAUCCUGUGCUCCACCCGACGCUUCUCCCCAAGCACCACACCCGGUGACGUCAUCAACAAUCCCGUGUCCCUCCUUCUGCUCCUCCGCCUCCCCGAAUAUCGAUCCUCCACUAUGAUCUCCAGUGACCCAUCCGAGUGCCUCCUCCCUGAUGACGACAGCCUCGCGCUGCAGUCAACCGGGCAGUUGUACUGCGCGGUACUACUAUCAUGCCUUCCAGAAGACAGUCUCGCGCUAUACAACUGCUGGUGGUCCACUGGACAGCUGUACUGUGCGCUGCUGCUGGUGGUCCACCGGGAAGCUGUACUGCGCGGUACUACUGCUGGAAGAUUGUCUCGCGCUGUACAGCUGCUGAUGACAGCUGUACAGUGUGUCCUCGGGACCCACUCUGCAUCGGCAGAGUGGGCAAGUCGGGUGGGCCUCGAGCCACGUGUCGACACACUCGACGUGGAAAGCGUGGCUGCAUUUGGGGAGGAGGCGGAGGAACUCGUCUGGGUCGAACCGGUUGAGGCAGACGGCGCACUCCAGCCCGUCUUUCUUGUGGCCUUUGAGGGACGAGAACCGGAAGAUUGGGAGGGAUUGGAUCGUGAGACGGUCCGCGCCGCCGGAGUUCUUGCAGGAGGGCGGCGGCGCCGCCGGGGAGGAGGAGGAGUCCAUAUUGCAGUGCUUCACGUAGAGGAGGAGGAGGAACGUGACGGAGAAGAUGGUCGUGAAGAUCCCGACUGUCACCGCGAUCCCGGGCUUGAACUGUUGGUGGCCGGAGCCGGCCGGAGUGGGACCCGCCGGAGGAGGAGUUGCCGUGGUGUUCGUGUUUUCCGACUGUUGUUGUGCGGUGACGAGGCUGAGGAAGAGGAAGAGGAAGAGGACGUGGUGGAGGUUGAGAAUGCUGGCCAUGUUAUGAAGAGGGAAUCAGCAAAGAUGAGGCCUUUUUGUGUGUACUUUCUCCCACUGUGUGGA